AUGCAGGUUCGGCAGCUGGUUGGGGGUACGGGCAGCGAGGCGACCGCGAGCGCGUGGAACGGGUCGCGAACGCGAUGGGCGGCCGGCACGGCGGACGGCGCGCUGCAUAUCUGGGAGCGCUGCGACGACGGCGCGGAGCGCGGGCCGCUGAGCCUCUCCGCGAGUUGGCCAUUGGGGGGAAGCGGCGGAGGGGAUAGAACUGCAACGGCUGCUCACGUGGUGUGGGCGCCACAGGAGUUUGGGGGAAAGCUGGCUGUGGCGUGCAGGGGGAGCAGCCGCGUGCAUAUCUGGGGGGAGGUCGGGGGCGCGGGGGAAGGGGAGGAUGGGCGCGGCAGGGCCAUGGGGGAAGGAGGGGGGGAUGGGGAGAGUGGGGGAAGCGGGGCUGGCAGGGAAGAGCGGAAUGGGGAGGAGAGGAAUAGGGAAGGCGGGCAGGAUACUGAAAUGGGAGGAGGAGGGGGUGGAAGAAGAGGAGGGGAUGAGGCUGGCCAAUCAGGAGCAGGUGGGGGGGUUGAGGGUGGUGGUGGUGGGUACGGCAAGGGUGGGAACGGUGGUAACCGGUGGAAGCAGGCUGACGUGGCACUGUUUCCGUACGCUGACGUCAGCAUGGGCAAGGAGCUGCUGUCGCGUGCGAUCAUAGCCGUCCAUCCGUCCACGCGUGCGUUCGGCCAAUCACCAGCUGUGGCUAUUGCCACGUGUGCAGCAGCAGGCAGCAGCAAGGGUGACAGCAACACUGCGAAGGUGUGGGUGCGCAGUGAUCGCUACAUGUUUUGCCAUGCCAUUGUUGAUCUCCUUCCUGCUUCCUCAUCUCACUCCCUCUCAUUCCAUGUCACACCUUGUCACUCCCUCUCACUCCCUCUCAUCUCCUAUCAUCCAUGCACACACACAGGUGUGGGUGCGCAGCGAUCGCUACAUGCACUGGCAUGCCAUUGCCGAUCUCCUGCCUGCCUCCUCACCUCGCUCCCUCUCAUUCCCUCUCAUUGCAUGUGCAUACAGGUGUGGGUGCGCAGCGAUCGCUACAUGCACUGGCAUGCCAUUGCCGAUCUCCUGCCUGCCUCUUCCGCUACCACAGCAGCCAAUCAGCAGCCGCCACCUGUCACGAGCAUCGCUUGGGCGCCCACCCUAGACAGGUAUGACUGA